GAUAACAAAGCUUCAAAGGAUAAACAGACACAAUUAGCAGAACUGGUAAUAUGUUCCUAUUGCAGAGAGCUCUGGUAUAGAGAGAGAGUAGAGAGAGAGAUUAUAGUGUUGGGCAUCCUGCAAGAGAGUGAGACUAUUAAAAUACAUAUUUGCAUCUUAGUUUUUGGGACACAGAAUGUCUGCUGCUGUACAUACUCUUGGAGCCUCCUUUCUUAUUGAUUCAUUAAUGGGAUGGACUCCAGUACACCAAAAGAAAAAUACAAAUGACAUUGACAGCAUGUCAGAAAGUACUCAGAACAAAUCUGAAGAAAGAUUAUGUUUUUCUACAAUACAUACGUUGAGGUCUAUUGCAAAUAGUCAGACUGAGAAAAAAGACGGAGUACCUGAGGAUAACCAAUCUGGUGAGAAGAUAGUGCACUCCGAAAGCAGUCAUCCAAAAAAAAGUAUACAUUCCAGAAUGAUCCCAAGCAACAAGUCAGAGAGAAAAAAAGAAGAUUCCAUUACAGUUGAAGGUAGAAUGGCUGCAAACAAAAUUUGUCAGUUAAAAGAAAGAAUAGGAAACUUUGAAAGGAAUCAGCAAGAAGAAAUGAAUGGCCUUCUCGAGAAACCAAAUCAAUCAUACAUAGCUCUGAUUUCUAGUGCAAUUUUGUCUACUCCAGAGAAGAGACUGCAAUUAAGUGACAUAUACCAGUGGAUCAUGGACACCUACCCAUAUUAUGACAAUCAGGACAAGAGCUGGAGAAAUAGUGUGCGCCAUAACCUUUCUCUUAACGAAUGCUUCAUUAAGGCUGGACGCAGUGAUAAUGGAAAAGGACAUUACUGGGCAGUGCACCCUGCCAACAUAGAGGCUUUCUCCCGUGGAGAUUAUCAGCGUCGCAGGGCUAGGAGGCGCAUUCGCAGGUAUAGAACAUACCACUACAUGCACUAUUGUUUUAAGGGUGUCAUCUGUGCUUGUAAAUCCAUCUCACUUUCCUCUCUACAAUCUGCCUUGUUUUCACCAAAGAUUCUGCAUCUGCUGCUCUCCUCUUUACACUCAUUCCAGUACUCCUCGAAUCUGUCCUCUUAUGGAACAUCCUCACCAAUGCAUUCUUUUUUUGCAGAGCAGCCAAUGGAUUACUUCUGGGCUUCUGCUACUCCUCUACAGACCUAUCACACCUCAUACUCCAAACCUUGUCCUAAUUUCUUCCUAAUUGCUUGUGAGGCUCUUAACAAGAUCUUCAGCUUUGAGCCUGUAAUUGUUCUUUAG